GUUUUAUUUACGGGCGCGCGGGAGUUGGUUUUAACAUCCUCUCAAAGCUGCAACCAUGGAAUUUGCUUCUCUUCAAGACCUCUGCCUACUACUAAUUUCUUUGGCAAUACGGAGAUGCAUCUGCUCCGAACGACUUUGCAGACUCUCAGUUCUUCUGCAACGCUCUCCCGCUUCCGAUCCUCCACUAGUUCGUAUUUCUAUUUCAGAUACCGGCCUUGGAAGCUGCAUAGAGGAGUUUCAGAAUUUGAAGUGCCCCGUUGAAGGUAUCCUUGCCGAAACAUGGAACGGAAUUGUUUAUGUGAGAACUACAAAUAUUUGUGAUAAAGAGAUAAGUUGUUAUGAGUUGAAUCUGAAAGAGAAUGUCACUACCAGGAAGCCAAUUCUGCUACCUUCGAACAUUAAGCAUGGUGUGAAAUUCAGUGGAACCGAAGUGUGUUUGUCUGUUUCUGAAAGUGUUGAUGUUUUGCUGGAGGAGUUCAACUGCUUCUUUCAGAAGAUUCUCGUUCUAAAGGUCCCAAAUAUUGCAAUGGAAGUUAUGGCCGACGGCCAGGAUGUCCCAGGGUCACGUAAUGAUGCUGUUUUCCUGGAAAAAUUUUCCCCUAGUUCCUCUUUUGCAGCUUCAACUCUCGAUCAUUUGAAAUUGGGCCUUGAGAGUUAUGUAUUAAGGCAUGGAUCCAGUUUGGCCUGUGACUCUUGUUUCCCUAACAGGGAUAAUCUGAGGAGUGGGGGUGGAAUGGUUUGUGAAGACAAGCAUAAAACUACCAAACUGGUAGUGGAGGCAGCGGUCGUGACUAGUGAAAUACCAAACCCGACCAAUAAUUGCUUUGGAGCAGGAUGCUCUGAUACGAAGGUUCUCUGUUUUAAAGAUUUUGCGCCUUGUUCAAUCUCCGAGGCACUUCUGAAGGCAUUAACAGGCAUUGACUGGAAACGUUAUGGAUUGGCUUUGGAAUGUGCUAUCGAUCAAAGAAGUCAUGCACUAUUAAAGUGGGAACACAUGCCCCUAUCUUUUCAUAUUCAUAUUGUUGUCCACUGCUAUGAUAAGCUUGUGUUCGAGGCCAUGCCUUUGUUGCAGAAGACACGGUUUGAUAAAAAACUCAUAAGAAAAGCAGUUAAACUUGCACUGGACGACUUCAAGAAUAAACAUGCGGGAGUUCUUCUCAGUGCCGAUACCCUCAAGGUCUUAGCAUGUUCUCGUAGGAAUCAAGAGCAGCUUCCUAAACUUGCUUCCAUUUUUCAUCUUCAGAUCAGUAAGUUUGCCCCUGAUCUUGCCAAAUCAAUUGCUGGCCUAGUUUUAUACUCCAGUGACAUGGAUUUCAAAGAAGAAUGCCUUGCAAUUCUUGGCUUGCAACCUCAUCAAUCAGAAGGGGAAAUUGUUGGAGAAAAUAUAAAGAAAAAGAUCAUUUCAGCCAUAGAGGUGAAUGACCGAAGGCAACAAGGAACUAGAGAAGUUGCCCCUCUUCUGUUUGAAGGUCGCCACGAACUACAGUAUGUGGACGAUGAAUGUGAUGAAGAUGGUUUUGAUCCAAUGGAUUUGUAAGUAUAAAUUUUGCCAAGUGAAACUGAUAAUUUUGAAGAAUUUCACAUUAGAAGAUGACGAGUUUAGUUUGAAUAACAUAAUCUCAUUAAACACACAAAAGGCUAGGUGAAGACACAAAUAUCCAUUACAAUAUGAUAGGCCGAUACCACGGAAGAUUAUCCCUAAAGAAAAGGCAUGGAAGACUAUUCCCCAAAAAAA